AUGAUGAUGCGCUCUGUCAUGGAGCCUCACCUGUUCACUGUGAAGAACUUCCCUCACAGAGCUGAGAUCGUGGAGUGGGCCUACCACACCGAGGAGGAACUGCACAGAGGUAUUUCCGUUUCUGAGUUUUCUGAACUGGCAGAAAUCCUGAAGAGAACUAAAGACAAACUACAAGAUUCUAUAUUCUCACUCAGUGACUCUCUAAACUUGCGUGAGGCCAAGAUUAAAGCCACCUCUACCAUAUCCUUCUCCCUGAACUCCCUGCGACAGACUUUAACACAUAACAACAUGGAAGAAGCAGAGCUGCUGAGUUCCACUACCUGCGAUAGCACUUCUGAAGAGUCUUACAGAACGGACAUUUAUCAAGAAUCACAUAUUCACCCCCUGGACGUCCACAUGGCUGUGUUCCACUGCUCUGAUAACUUCUUGAGAGCAUUCCUCUUCACCAAGCUCUCCACCUGUCAGUUUGCCUUACCGUUCCUGGUGCCCAGCCCUGAGACUGGGGCAGUGGAGCUCCCUCUGUGGGCUCUGAGGCAGGUCAAGAGGUCCUGGUGCAGUAAGGAGCCCUCUGAGAGAGGCAGCUCCGUGAAACACAACUGCAGGGACAUGUUCAACACUCCAGUGCCAACUGUGUCCUUCAUCAGGCUGGGAUCAUCCUCCGUCUCCAAAUCCCAGAUCCUGAACAGCGUCGUCAGCCCCAAGAGACACAGUAUGUUUUUCCACUGGCACUGCAGGGGCAGCUCCCCACACCGCCUGCUCAUGGACAGGGUGGUGGAGGUCGCCUGGUACUGCCCAGGAGGCAGGAAGGACGACGUGUUCGACAGCUGUGUGGCUUACCUGAACCUCCACGGCGACGCCAGCAAACACCCAGAGCAGCUGCAGUUUCUCCAGGAGGUCAGCACUGUCAACGUGCUUCUGAUCUCAGAGUCUCCACUGGAGGGAGAGGAGAAGAAGACAACUGAGGCUCUUGUCAAAUCUCCUGUCCCCCUGAUCUCUCUGUUUGCUGGACAGAGUAAAGUCCCACAAGGAAACAAUCCAACCAUGAAUCUGUUGCCUCUGCAGGGGGAGCUGUGGCACCAGUGGUGCAUGAAGGACAAAGAACAGUAUCGUCUGAACAGCAAAGUGAAUAAAAGUAUUGAACAGCAGCUGAGCGAGAUCAGAGCUGAGAAAAGAGCCCUCCGUCGUGAGCAUCUGAAGAGAGCUUUCCCUCUCAAUAACUUCAUGAGAUCCUUCCUGGAGUGUUUAACUUCUGCAGAUCCACACGACACCAAGCUGUUCAUGCUGCACUGGCUGGGAAUGUAUCUAGAUGAACUGACUGCAGACACGCUGAGUGAACUUCAGGAGAAAUACUACUCCAUGUGGACAACACUGAGACUGAAAGACAAGAGUAAGGAUAAGGAGCUGGAAAUGAAACUGCAGAAGGAUCUGAACACAAUAUCUGAACAGAUUAGUGCUGCUACUCUCGGACUUCAACACCUCAUGAGAGAAACUGCUCAGCUGUACGAGACUUUUCAAUCAGAAGGAGAUGGUCUAGAAGAGUACAGACAGUUUGUCAGAGUCCUUCCUGCUGUUGGAGCGGAGAUGCUGAUGUCAGGACAUCCCCUGGAGCUGAUGGACGGAGAUGCUGCCCAUGUGCCUCUGGUGUGGAUUGAGGCCGUCCUGACAAGUUCACUGAGACUUGGAGAAAGAAAGGUGUUUGUCCUCUCUGUCCUUGGAAUCCAGAGCUCAGGAAAGUCCAUUCUGCUGAACACGAUGUUCGGGCUGCAGUUCACAGUUAGUGCAGGCAGGUGCACCAGGGGAGCAUUCAUGCAGUUAGUGAGAGUGAGUGAGGAGGUCAGAGCCCAGCUGCAGUAUGAAUUUGUCCUGGUGGUGGACACAGAGGGGCUUCAGUCACCAGAGCUCAGUAAUAAAGCCUCACUGAGUCAUGACAAUGAAUUAGCAACUGUUAUUAUCAGGAUUGGUGACAUGACUAUGAUCAACAUCAUGGGAGAGAAUCCAUCUGAAAUGCAGGACAUUCUCCAGAUCUGUGUCCAGGCGUUCCUGAGAAUGAAGUCUGUUCAGAUCAAACCGAGCUGUAUUUUUGUGCACCAGAAUGUUGCAGAGGCUUCAGCAAACAACAAGAAUAUGGAGGGAAGGAGGCGUCUCCAGGAGAAACUGGAUGAAAUGGCUUGCAUUGCUGCCAGGGAGGAAAACUGUGAAGUUACUGGCUUCAGUGAUAUAAUCCAGUUUGAUGUGGAAUCACAGGUUUUCUACUUCAAGAACCUUCUGGAAGGAGACCCUCCGAUGGCUCCUCCCAACCCCUCCUACAGCCAGAACGUCCAGGAGCUGAAGAUGAAGCUCCUCAGUGUCGCUCAGUGGCAGCCAGAAGUGAAGUUUCCUUCACUGUCAGAGUUUAAAUGACGGAUCAAAGAUCUCUGGAACGCACUGCUGGCGGAGGACUUUGUCUUCAGCUUCAGAAACACCCUGGAAAUGUUGGUUUACAGUAAACUGGAGGAGAAGUACGGUGAGUGGUCGUGGAAGAUUAGGAAACGAGCCCUGGAGAUACAGAAUAGACUGAGCAACAGAAUUAACAAUAAUAAAGUUCAGGCUGUGACAUCAUCAGAUCUGAUGAGAGAAUUUGAUGACGUCUACAGCACUCUGACAGCUGAAAUAGAGAAAUAUUUUAAAAAGGAAAAAUACCAGGAGAUCUUGAUUAAUUGGAAGGUGAAUGUUGAUAAAAGAUUUGAGAACCUGAGGAAUGAGCUCAUUGAAGAAACCCAAAAGCAGAGCAAUGAACUGAUCAGAAUAAAGAAAUGUCAAUCAGAGCUGGACAGGAAGAAAUCAGAAUACGAAGCAGAACUGAUAAACAUGAGCAAAGACCUGGCGUCUCGACUGAAGAAGCACCUCUCCUCCAGCUCUGCUAUCUGCUCCUCCAGCGCUCUGAUCUUCUCCUCUUGUAUCUGGAUCUCCUCCUCCAUCCUGCGGAGGUGGUUCUGCAGCUCCUUCUGA